GACUUCACUCUGAAGAGGAACUCGAAACUAAAGCAGGGUCAGGUUUCCUCGGCUUGAAGUCACAGAUGAGUCACUGCUAAGAGCAACUGCAGUGGCUGAGAAGCGGCACCAGAGACACAGGCGUGAGACCAGGGUACGGGAGGCCGACAGCGCAGCUGAGCGUCCCUGCAAGGCACGGCGGGCGGCAUGGAGGCGGUGGCCAUGGACUGCGAGAUGGUGGGGCUGGGGCCCCUCCGGGAGAGCGGCCUGGCCCGCUGCAGCCUGGUGGACGCCCGCGGCUUGGUGCUCUACGACAAGUUCAUCCGGCCCGAGGGGGAGAUCACCGAUUACAGGACCCGGGUCAGCGGGGUCACGCCUCAGCACAUGGAGAACGCCACGCCCUUCGCCGUGGCCAGGCGGGAGAUCCUGCAGCUCCUGAGAGGCAAGCUGGUGGUGGGCCACGACCUGAAGCACGACUUCGCGGCCCUGAAGGAGAGCAUGAGCGGCUACAGCAUCUACGACACGGCCGAGGACAUGGUGCUGUGGGCCAAGGCCCGCGUGCUGCACUGCAAGCGCGUCUCCCUGCGGGUGCUCUGCGAGCGCCUCCUGGGCAGGAGCAUCCAGAACAGCCUGUCCGGACACAGCUCGGUGGAAGACGCCAAGGCCACCAUGGAGCUCUAUCAGAUGUCCCGGCGACUCCGGCGCCACUGAGGGCUGCCCGGCUGGCUGGCGGUGCCCGCUCGGCUCCAGGCAGCCGCUUCUGUGGGGGCCAGAGGUCUCUGUCUGGUCAGGACAGCAGCUCUCUUGCUUUUGGAAAGUGCAUCUGCAUCAGUAAAACGCUUUUCUAUUUUCUCUA